AGCCACGCCUGUCCAAGAGUUAGGAAAUGGUUCUCGGCCUUUUCCAAGAUGGACAUCGAGAAAGAGUUGCCCAAAGAUAUGCGCGCAGCGAGUGAGGAUCUGCACGAGAUUCAGCACAUGCUGAGUAACAAGCCGGCUACUCCCGCACACACAGCGCAUGCGUCGCACGAGCUGCACCAGGACCUCAAGAAGUUACACGUGGAGAUCAAGUCGCACUUUGUGCAGCAGAGAGUGCUCUUGCUGGAGCUGGUCAACCAGAUGCGAAGCGGCUUGCCCAGUGCCAGUCCUACUGAUGAUGAGGGGCGCAAGAUCGACUUCUCGCGGCUGGAUGAGCUGAUGAUAGCCCACGGCCUCGCGCCAGAGCUGGAGAGGAUGAACACAGGGCAGACUGUAGAUCUGGACGGGAUCAACGCGCUGCUGGUGGAGCACGGGAUCUUUCAGGGCGGGCGCGUGCCAACACCAGAUGCGCCGGAUGCGGCUGUUUCGGUUGAGCCGGAGGCAGCUCGCCUGGCCGAGGCCCAGACCGAUGCGGCGGAUGCGGCAAAGACCAAGGCGCUGCGGCCAUCGGAUUCCAUGCGCUCCAGCAUGCGCUUCAGCUUUGUGAGGAACAGAAUUGACGAGGCCCAGAAACGGGCCUAUGAGGCUGCCUCUAACAGGCCAGAGCAGCCGGUCAUUGAGGAGCUGGAGCUCACAACAGCCACGCGGAUUAUGCAAAAGAUCGUGGUGUCCAAUGUCUUUGUGUAUCUCAUCAUGGGCCUGAUUCUUGUGAACCUUCUCCUUUUGGGCAUCGAAAUCGACACCGCUGCCUCUUUCGGGCAGAACGAUGUUCCCACAUGGUUCGAGUCAGUGAACAUGGUCAUCGUGCUAGUCUUCGUUUUCGAAAUUGUUCUAAAGCUGUUGGCCUACGGAUGCUAUGAAUUCUUCCGUGGCCCGGACGGCGCAUGGAACAUCUUCGAUUUCUUCAUCGUCGCCUUGUCCUCCGUGGAGACGCUCAUAGACCUUUGGGCGUCCUCUUUGACCCAGGUGGACCUCAGCCAGCUGCGGGUGAUGCGCUUCGUGCGCCUGGCGCGCACCUUGCGGGGCAUCCGGGUGAUGCGGCUGCUGCGCUACGUCACGGCGCUGCGGACCUUGGUGUUCUCCAUCAUGAACACUAUGAAGUCUUUGCUGUGGACCCUUGUGCUCCUGCUGCUGAUCUUUUAUUGCUUUGGCGUUCUGCUGACUCAAAUUGUUGUGGACUACUGCCGCGAUGAAACCAUACAGCUCACUGGAGAUGCCAAUGCGGUCCCUGUUUGUGGAGAGAUAUUGAGCAAGUACUGGUCGAACAUCGUGCAGAGCAUGCUUACGCUCUUCAUGGCUAUAACUGGUGGGAUUAGCUGGAUUGAAGCGCUUGAGCCACUGCAAACCAUCUCCUUUUUUGCCGUGCUUUUCUUCAUCUUCUACAUAAUUGUGACAGUUUUUGCCGUGAUGAAUGUGGUUACUGGAGUUUUCUGCAACACUGCUAUUGAAAGUGCCAACUCGGACAAGGAUAUUGCUGCACUCACGCAGUUGCAGAAGCAGUCAACCCUAGUCCGAUCCCUGCGGCGCAUUUUCAAGGAGAUGGACAAAGAAAACAGCAACAUGGUCAGCAUCGACGAGUUCAAAACGUCAAUGGCCACCAGGAAACUGUCAAGUUUUCUGGAGUCCUUGGGGAUUUCCACACAAGAUGUGUGGACGCUCUUCACCAUCAUUGAUACUGACCAAAGCGGUUUGAUCGACCUGGACGAGUUUGUUUCAGGGUGCAUGGAACUGCAUGGACCAGCAAAGAGCUACCAGAUCUCGAAGAUGAGUUGGGAAAACAAAGUGACACGGCAAGCCAUCAAGCAGCUCUUCGCAUUGCUCUUGGACAUUCGGGAGCAUUUGAACAUGGAGUCCAAGUCUAUUGACUUUGAGUAAGGGCUUCAGGCCGAACAAGGCCUCGUUUGCUCAGGGUAUCUCUAAGAGACCCCUGUGUUGUGUGCGAAGGACGGGCUGAGUGCAGACCCCGUCAAUGGACUGGCGUCACC